AUGUUCGCUACAUCGUCAAUGACGUAUAAUGACGCCAAAGCACGGGCUGUUCGCGCUAUAGCAAAAAUCACAUCUUUUGCCGCCGCAGCCGGUGACUAUAAGGCCGACCGUUCUAAUGCAGGCAAACAUGCAAAAAUAUCCAAGAUGCUGUCCGAGUUAAAUGAUAUUCGUAAAAAUACUGAAGAUGACUUCCAAGUAAUGGAAGCGUCGGUUGGUAAAAAUCUAGCCCCUACCGACAUCGUAGACAAUAAAGAGAGUCUGAAACUCAGUUCUGAUUUUGACAAUAUGUAUUAUGAACUUGCCGCCUUUGCUGAUGUAUACCAGUUUUCAUUAUCUCCUGGAAUGGAUACCUCAUCAGCUCAUGGUGCCGCGAACCAGAGCUCGAGUAACCUGUCACAUUAUCAAUUACCCAAACGGAAUUUCCCUACCUUUUCAGGAGUUCUGAUUGAAUGGCAAGGUUUUGAGGAUCUUUUUAAAUCGAUUUUGUCGCAUGCGCCUGACCUUCCCGAUGUUGAACGUUUUGAAAUUUUAAAGACCUCUUUGCAAGGCGAAGCUCUUUCAUUGGUUUCUCAUCUACCUCUGACGUCUGCAAAUUAUAAUAAAGCGUGGGAAGUGGUGCGUGCUCGUUAUGGUAACAAGCGUGAUUUGGCCCGGAUUCAUCUGGACGCCCUUCUAGCCCCUCAUAUAGUCAAUUGUAACGAUGCGUCUUCUAUAAAAACGCUUCUCACAACUAUUCUUGAGCAUACUGCAGCACUGGAUAAUUUAGACUUUGUUACUCGGCAGUGGAGUCCAAUCCUCGUUCAUAUAUUUGAGAAUCAUUUAGACUAUGAUCUUCGUUCUCGUUGGGAAAUCACUGUUGGAGAUCGCCAUCAACCGUCAACGAGUGAUUUUGUAGAGUUCUUAAGAAGUCAUAUUCGAUCAGCAGAAGCCCGUUCAGGGAAUUAUUCAACGAAAUUGCAGUCUGGUAGCUCCCCAGCAAAUCAGUCGAGUAAAUCAUAUGCAGCACACUCUCGUCCAAGUUAUCGACCGAAAGUGAUGACUGCUAGUACGAUGGCAACCACUCCCUCAGGUCACUAUGUACCUGCUGUCAGUAAGUGCCCACUGUGCACUAAACCCCAUUCGAUUCGACAAUGUCAACUGUUUCUUAGUAAAAGUACAACCGAUCGUUUUCAAAUUGCUAAGACACACCGGCUCUGUAUAAACUGUCUCCGGGGUGGCCACUCAUCCGUUGCUUGUCCUUCAAAAUUCAAAUGUCAAACAUGCAAGCGAUCACACCAUACUUUGUUGCAUUUUGAAUCUACUCCAACCGCGAAUAUAUCUCAGCCAAGUAGCUCCAUGGUAGUUCAGUCCGGUGAUCCAACAAGCACGGUCACGUUAGUUGUAAAAGAUCACCCCCACAAAGUGGUAUUGUUAUCCACUGUGCUUCUGGACAUUUGUGCCACCGACGGUCGUCUUCAUUCGUUUCGAGCCCUACUCGACAGUGGGUCUCAAGCCAGUUUCAUAACGGAAAAAUCGGCUGAUAUUCUCAUGCUCAAUCGCCGACGUUCACCUGUAAAUAUAACCACGUUCGCUAAUACUGCCACUACUCAAGUUUGUGGAUCAUCGGUUGUGAUGGUGACUCCUCACGGCAAACAAACGCCCAUCCUAAGUAUUGACGCCUUAAUUGUACCACACAUCACAGGCAAGACUCCACAAAUUUCGAUCACACCUGGAAACUGGACCCAUGUCCACAACUUGCCCUUAGCUGAUCCGUUAUAUCACAUCCCUGGUGACGUAGAUUUGCUUUUGGGUGCCGACAUUCUGCCAUCCAUACUGUGUGACAGUCUCGUGUCGGGUCGUGCCGGGGAGCCGACCGCGUUAAAAACAAUUUUUGGUUGGGUCUUGUUCGGACCAACCACUUCCGUUUCACCUUUGUCCCUAAUCACAAUGUGUGUGUCAACUUCCACUAACCUUGAUGCAACAUUAAGAAAGUUUUGGGACUUGGAAGAACUGCCUGCAGUUCAACACUUAAGUCCCGAUGACAAGGUCGCAGAAGAAAUUUAUAUCUCAACUACUACUCGGACCAGUUCAGGUCGUUUUAUGGUCACCCUUCCGUUUCGAACGCCAUUUCCAGUGCUCGGCGAUUCCAAAUCACAUGCUUUUCAACGCUAUAAAGCCCUUGAGUUUCGUUUAUCUCGACAACCAGAUCUGCGUCAGCAGUAUGUCGAUUUCAUGCAAGACUAUUUGUCAAACGGGCACAUGGAACUUGUACCAAUGAGUGAACGCGACAAUCCAUUAAAUUACUAUAUACCCCAUCAUUGUGUUAUAAAACCUGAUAGUAAGACCACAAAAUUGCGUGUUGUAUUCAAUGCUUCUGCUCGAACUUCUACCGGCGCUUCUCUGAAUGAGAGUAUGUAUACGGGUCCCAAGUUGCAAACAGAUAUCCAAAUUGUGCUGCUCCGCUCUCGUCUCUGGAAGUAUCUUUUUAUGGCUGAUAUCAAACAGAUGUACCGCCAAAUUUUAGUUCAACCAGCUGAUCGAGAUUAUCUGAGAAUCUUGUGGCGUUUUUCACCAUCGUUACCUAUUGACGAGUACCGGCUGUGUACGGUAACUUACGGAACGUCAGCCGCGCCUUUUCAAGCUCUGCGAACACUUCGUCAUCUUGCCACACUUGACGGUGCUACAUGGCCGAUAGCUGCGAAUGUUUUGCUUAACGAUACGUUUGUCGACGAUAUUCUAACUGGUGCAAACUCAGAAGAAGACGCACUCAAAUGUCAGUCUGAAUUAAUUAACCUUUGUGCGCUUGCACAGUUUGAACUCCGCAAAUGGGCCAGUAACAACGUACAAAUUUUACAAGUGGUCCCACCAGAAGCUCGUGCCAUGUCCGUUUCGAUUUUGUUCAACAGUGACGAACUCUCUGAUUUGAAAAUGCUAGGAUUAAAAUGGGAUCCAUCCGCUGAUACUUUCUCUUUUAGUGCUCAACCCUCGUCAGCUCUGCCGACAAAACGAACUGUUUUAUCAGACAUUGCCCGUGUUUUUGAUCCGUUAGGACUAUUGUCUCCCAUGACCUUCUUCACAAAACAUGUCAUGCAGCAGCUGUGGACGUCCGGUGUCAAUUGGGAUGAUCCAAUCCCGCCUGACAUUGCAGCAUUGUGGGCCCGUUAUCAGGCCGAAAUUCAGCUCGUUGAAACCAUUACAAUUCCUCGUCGUAUAACAUAUGAUCAUACUACUUCUGUACAGCUCCAUGCCUUUUCCGAUAGCUCUGAAAAGGGUUAUGCCGCAGCAGUUUAUCUUCGUGUGACGACUGUUACAGCCACUCAUUGUCACCUGAUAACAGGAAAAUCGAAAGUUGCCCCACUAAAGCGUUCCACAAUUCCCCGUUUGGAAUUGUGCGGUGCCGUUUUGGCUGCGAAAUUACUCCGUCUAGUUUCUGAUGCGUACACUGAUCGGAUAACUAUUGAUGAGUUACACGCCUGGACCGAUUCCACCACAGCUCUCGUUUGGAUCCGGUCUUCCCCUCAUCGGUGGGCCACCUUUAUCGCUAACCGAACCAGUAUUAUACACGAGUUGAGCUCACCUGCAAUCUGGCGCCACGUUCCAACCAAAGAUAAUCCCGUUGAUUGCGCCUCACGCGGACUGUUCCCUUCUGAUCUCUUCAAUCAUGCAUUGUGGUGGACUGGGCCAUCUUUCUUGUUAAGACCUCCAGAUGAAUGGCCAAAAUUGCUGUUGACUGAACUUGAAGACUACGAUGGGCCUCCAUCUCAUGAAGCUCGUUUACCUACUGUUCUCACCAUUGCUGUAGACAUUCCGAUUAUAAAUUUGUUAAAUCGCGUAUCUUCACUGGAAAAGAUCCUUCGUGUAGUCGCUUACUGUUUUCGAUUCGCCAAGCCACGGUCUAACGCCCCAACUACCCACGUUAUAAAUGCUGGUGAGAGAGCUGGUGCGCUCACCGCGUUGGUGUACGUAGUUCAACGUCAAACUUUUAGCGUCGAAAUUGCAAAUCUGUCAACUGGUGUUCCCUGCUCGAGACCGUUUCGACGUUUAGAUCUAUUUCUUGAUCCCGGUGGUAUUCUCAGAGUGGGCGGUAGGCUGCGCAACGCAGAUAUUCCGUACAUUCACAAGCAUCCUGCAUUGUUGCCUUCUCGUCAUCGUUUAACGGAACUAAUAAUUGAUCACAAUCAUCAUGUAUUGAGUCAUCCUGGAGCUAUGACACUCCAAUCGCACUUACAACGUGAAUUUUGGAUUAUGUCCGCGAGACAAGCUAUUCGAUCCCGCUUACGCCUAUGUAUUUCAUGCUUUCGUACGAGACCUCAUCCGGUUCAACCAAAAAUGGCUGUUCUACCAAAAUACAGGGUACAACAAAUAAAACCGUUUGCUAUCACCGGCGUUGACUACGCUGGACCGAUAUCGUUAAAAGGACCACGUGGUCGACAAUCGUCCGUGUGUACAGCCUACAUUUGUUUAUUUGUCUGUACCGUAACGAAGGCUCUGCACAUUGAACUCAGCUCUGAUCUCUCUACGGAAACCUUCCUGUUGGCAUUCACUCGAUUUGUCAGCCGUCGUGGACCAAUCAAAGAGAUUCAUAGUGACUGUGGUACUAAUUUUGUUGGUGCCGCCAAUCUGUUAAACCCGUUACAUGCCUUCAUCGCCUCCGAAAACUACCAAACCAGUGUGCGGAGUCAUUUGUCCAAGGACCAAAUUACUUGGUGUUUCAAUCCUCCAUCUUCUCCACACUUUGGAGGACUUUGGGAAGCGGGAGUAAAGUCGACUAAGUCUUUAAUUUUUAGAACUAUUGGAACGCAUCGACUUACCAGUGAAGAGUUGAUCACGCUGCUUACCAAAAUUGAAGCUACUCUAAAUUCAAGGCCCUUGUGUGCCCUUAGUAAUGAUCCAAAUGAUUUAGCAGCGUUGACUCCAAGUCAUUUCUUAACGUUGGAACCUGUGACAUCUCUUCCUGAUCCUUGUUUAAAUAAUGUACCACUCACAAAAAUGCAACGAUGGCGCCUAGUAGCUGACCUCCACCGUCACUUCUGGGCUAGAUGGAAAAAUGAAUAUUUAUCUACUCUCCAGCUGCGAACAAAAUGGUCUGAAGAUGGUAAACAGCUGAAAGUUGGAGACCUUGUCCUAAUCAAGGAACCCUCGCACCCCUUGUAUUGGCGGUAUGGACGUAUCGUGGACCUCCAUCCUGGAAGCGACGGAGUGUCACGAGUUGCUACUGUUCACACUACAUCUGGAGAUCUAACACGACCAGCUGUCAAAUUGUGUCCAGUGCCUUCUUGUUGA